CAGUGAUGCGAUAUCUUUGCCAAUUAGCAAUUAGCUCUUUUUUCAGAAGGCAAAAUGGGCAUUUGGUACAAGGAGGGAAAAUAACUGCUUGGUCUGCUUAAUGGUUUCAGAGCCAUCAACUGCAGCUUUAAUAAGCAACCUUUGAGGAAUGUAUUACAAGCUUUUGAUCACCGAACCACUGGAGAGAAAGCAGCAUGUCUCGGAACUCUGAGAAAGCACAUUAUGAACUAAAAUAAGGUUGUUUAAAGCCUCUCGUGAUGUAGUCACACCUGCAGGCUAAAUGAAUGGUUUUGGCACAAUUCCUAACAGCUGUUUUCGAUGAGGGAACGUUGUGAACGUCUACUCACAUCUACUCACAUCUGCCUCUUCCCUCACAUUGCAUUAAGGAGCAGCGUGAGUGAGGGAUGCGCUCCUGUGAGGAUACAGCGGCUCUUCUGGUUUAGCCGGCGUCAGGCAUGUUGUUCAGGAUGGUAAAACUCAGACUACUCAACACGAUCGCACCUGCAUACUUCUACACUGCAACCAUGGUCACAUUCGCCCUCCACUUCCUCCUCUUCAUGCCCACUAUUUUCCGAAGUCCAGAUGUGGUGCUAAAUCCCACCAUGCUGGUCCACAUCGCCGUCUUUCUCUUCCUCAUGGGGAACGCAUUGGGUAAUUACACAAUGACUAUAUGGUACCCAUCUGAGAGUGCCUACGAGACAGUUAUUCCAGUCUGUUCACCCGACUGCCCGGACCGAAUUGACGCCCAUUACCUCCUGAAUGGACGCCACUUCUGUAAAGUGUGUAAGAAAGUGAUUCUAAAACGGGACCACCACUGCUUUUUCACAGGAAACUGCAUCGGCAAUAGGAACAUGCGCUACUUUAUUAUGUUCAGCAUCUAUACGUCCUGCUGUUGUCUGUAUUCAUUGGUAAUCGGGGUGGCGUAUCUUACAAUGGAAUACUCCAUUUCCUUUGAGAACCCACUGACGUUCCUCACUCUUCUACCGCUCUCGACAGGUUACUUCUUUCUUGGUUUGAUUUCAGGUCUCCAGUUCUUUCUGGUUAUAAUGCUGUACGUCUGGCUGGGUAUCGGACUAGUUAGCGCCGGUUUCUGCUGUCAGCAGCUUCUACUAGUAGCCCGAGGCCAGACCUGGUGCGAGCUGCAAAAAGGGCAGCUGUCAGAGAGUCGCGGGACCUGGCGCACCAACCUGUCUGAUGUUUUCGGUUCCCGUUGGGCUCUGGGCCUUUUUCUGCCACUUCAGACUGUUGAGAGCGUACCUGGCAACUGGCAGGUCUACCAUGAUCACAAAUGUGACUGAAAAGCCAAGAACUUGCCAUAUCGGUGUGUCAUCAUAAUUUGACCUGUGUCGACCAGUUAUUAAAUGUGAUAAGGGCUUCAAUGCACUGGAGUUGUACAAGCCCAUGCAACUGAGCUACCUUUUUAGUGGAUUUCUGUCAUCGCUGCACAAAUUAGGGGAGCGUUAUGUCACAAGAGGUGGUAACACCCAUAUCUAUGUCUAUCAGCACUGCGCCAAAACUCAAUUUCAGCCCUAGUUCAGGGCAGCAGUGAUUAGCAGCGGUAAGAUCAGAGAAGGAGGCCAGGAUUAAAGGAUGGAUGGGUAUUUACAAAACAACGCAUACUAGGUAAUCGGCACACUAUUACACAAGUGGCCUUCUAAAAUGUGGGUAACCUUUCGAUUAGUUAGAUUUUGAAUUGAAUUGGACAUUCGUCACAGAAAGUUGAAUUAUAAUUUACUGAAUUGCAAUUAAAAAAUCAACACAGGUAAUGCAUAAAUAGCCUACUAAAAAUGGAAAACUAUAAAUCCUUCAAACUUAACAGCUUAACAUUUUUUAAUGCAUUAAAUUAAUCAAGUGUCAGUAAGGACAUUUAGAAUGCUACAAAAGAUUUCUGCUUUAAAUAAUGGCUGAUCUUUAUAUUCAUCAUCAUCACGGUUUACACAAACAGUAAAUAUUAAGUAGCACUAUUUUCAACAUUGAUAAUAUGAAAAGUUAUUUUAAAAAUAAAAUAAAAGCAGCCUUAGUGAGCAUAAGAGACUUUGCAUUUCUAUGUAAACAUUGCAGUUAUGUGAACUUUGUUGAAUUCCAAUUAAUUUUAAUACCGCUUCCAUUCAAGAUACAUAUUUCUGAAAUUUCAAUUAAUCUUAUGUUUGCUACCUCAAUUUAAACUCAUUUCAGUUAAUUUCAACAAAUUUCUGUUACUGGACAAUAAUCUAAUUUUCAAUUCAUUUCUGAAAAAUACAUAAUAGCGACGUAAUUUUUCUACAAAUGUGUGAAGUUAUUGAUCAAAUUUAUUAUAAUUAUUAUUUAUAACUGUUUAUUAGUUAUAAAAACAAUUUGUGGUUUGUCAUUAAGGCUUGCAGAAAACAUUUUGAGUUUAGUGCUAUAUUAGAAUUUCUUUACAUUUCCCCUAGUUGACAGAUUAGCUAAAAAUGUUGAUUUACUGCACGAUCUAAUCAAGCAGUAAAUGUGUUUUUUUUUUUUUUCUGUGCGAUCUGUCCAACAUGGUCAAAGUAAUUAGUAAUGAUGGAGGGGCACACUGUUCUGUAACUGAAACCCUCUUAUAAAACAGCAAUCCACUAUUAAGUUUCAUGUCAGCGUUUCAAUUAUUAUAAGUGCACGCUUACGAUUGCUCCGCUCUCAAUCCUGUUUGAUGUUUUGAAACAUAGCCCUCAACAUCCUUUGGCUGCAGUUGAACUGAGCAUCAUAUCUUAUCAAAACAUCUCAACUCUUCAUGUCCAUCUUGACUGGAUCAGUUGUCAAUGCUUGGUUUAGAUGCAGGUUAUUUGUUCAGAAGCUGGAGAUUACUUCCAUUGCCAAUUACACCAUCACAGCUGAUGCUAUUUUCCUAUAAUCGUUUUUCUACCACCUUUUUAGUUGUUAUACUGUUGUGAAUUGAGUUUCUGGAUUUGAUGCAUGCAAAAUAUGGCAUGCAAUGAUAAUGAACAUUUCUGUUGAUGAAUAUUUUUUGUGAUUGAUUUAUUUGUAAUUACUUAGGUUUUAUAUAAAAUGACUUCAACCAAAACUCAACUUAAAGG